CUGCCAGUCCCCGGUUGCCCCCAUCGCCCCGGGGGCCCCUUCUCGCGUGCCCUCCCCACCGGCUGUCCUUCCCUGUCCCCCACCACAUCCCGGGGACCGCUGUCCGGCCUGGCUCUCCGCCGAGACGCUGCCCCCUCGGCCGCGCCCAGGGCGCAGAGGCAACUUUUCUGCGCCUGAGGGAAGUUACACUUGGGGAGGCUCAUGGAGGAGCCCUCUCUCCGAGAGGAAGAGGACGACGAGGAGGACGAGGCUGGCCCCGAGGGGGCCCUGGGCAAGAGCCCCUUCCAGCUGACCGCCGAGGACGUGUAUGACAUCUCCUACGUGGUGGGCCGCGAGCUGAUGGCCCUGGGCGGCGACCCGCGGGUGGCCCAGCUGCAGUUCAAGAUCGUUCGCGUGCUGGAGAUGCUGGAGGCGUUGGUGACGGAGGGCAGCCUGGCGGCCGAGGCGCUGCGGAUGGAGAGGGACAGCCUGAGGCGGGAGGUGGAGGGGCUGCGUAGCCGGGGCCCUCCCGCCGGCGGGGAGGUGAACCUGGGACCAGACAAAUUGGUGGUGGACUUGACAGAUCCCAACCGGCCUCGCUUCACCCUGCAGGAGUUGAGGGACGUGCUGCAGGAGCGUAACCAGCUCAAGUCGCAGCUGCUGCUGCUGCAAGAAGAACUGCAGUGCUACAGGAGCGGCCUGCUCCCACCAAGAGAAACUCCAGGAGAAAGAAGAGAAAAAGAUGAUUUGGUUAGCAGGCCCAGUGGUGUCAGUGGUGCCAAGGAGAAGACAAUCAUGAAGAAGCUGUUUUCUUUCAGGUCAGGGAAGCAGACCUAAAUCAAUGGCCAUGAGCAAUGCAGUGGCCCUCCAGCUUGAGAAGACAAUCACCAAGACAGCUUCCAGAACCAUCUCUGUGUUCCAUGCAGCCACAUAAGGCUUGCACGUGUCCCCAGGAGCAGUCCAAGGAGGAAGGCGCUGGGCUCACUGCCUCCUGCACUGCAGAACAGGACAAGGAAACCAAGAGGGGCUUCCUUUGCCUUGCCUGCCCAGAGGCCUCGUGUGCAGACUGACCUGGCCACAGGUGAUCCUGUCCUUCAAUGUGCCAAGAAGCACAACUGACUUUCCAGUGGUUAAUUCUACCAGUGGUUAGCAAUUAUGUAUUCACCUGACUUUCUUUUUAUCAUUUUGUAUUAAAGUAAAAUGACUUUUAUACUUUUAGA